GUUGGUGGAACCUUUAAGAGGCAGAGCCUCAUCAAGGAAGUGAGUACUUAGAUAUAGCCUCAUGGGUAUUUAUAGCCUGGCCCAACUUCUUCCUUUCUUUUCCUCACUGAGGAUGCAAUGUGACCAGUAGGCUCUGCUCCUUCUACCACAGCUUCCUGCCACGACGGAACUCAUCCCUUCAAAUUGAAACCACCUGAGGAAGAAGCAGGAGCCUGACUGAACUGAAGAAAAUGGCUGAGCAUGGGGAGGCCUCUGAGGAUCAAGUUUCUGAGUUUGAUGGUGAAUGUCUCCCUGAGCUCUCUGCUCUUCUCGGGGUGGAUGCAGUUCAGCUGGUAAAGAGCCAAGAAGAAGAAGAGAAUAAAGAACGGAUGAAAAUGAAGAAAGGUUUUAAUGCACAGAUGCGCAGUGAAGCCAAACGGCUGAAGACUUUUGUGACCUAUGAUGCGUUCAAAUCGUGGACCCCACAGGAGAUGGCAGCUGCUGGGUUUUACUACACGGGUGUGAGACAUGGGGUUCAGUGCUUCUGCUGUAGCUUAAUCCUCUUUGGUACUAGCCUCAGGAAAGUUCCCAUAGAGAGCCACAGGAAAUUACGACCCCAAUGUGAGUUCCUCUCGGGCAAAGAUGUUGGAAACAUUGGCAAGUACGACAUACGGGUGAAGAAUCCAGAGACGCUGCCGAGAGGUGGCAGAGCAAGGUACCAUGAGGAGGAGGCCAGACUGGAGUCCUUUGAGGACUGGCCGUUUUAUGCCCAUGGGACAUCACCUCGUGUACUCUCAGCUGCUGGCUUUGUCUUCACAGGUAAAAGGGACACUGUGCAGUGUUUCUCCUGUGGUGGAUGCUUGGGAAACUGGGAAGAAGGAGAUGAUCCCUGGAAGGAGCAUGCCAAGUGGUUCCCCAAAUGUGAAUUUCUUCAAAGUAAGAAAUCCACAGAGGAAAUUAACCAGUAUAUUCAAAGCUACACGGGAUUUCUUCAUGUAGCGGGAGAACAUUUUGUGAAUUCCUGGGUGAGAAGAGAAUUACCUGUGGUAUCAGCUUACAGCAAUGACAGUGUCUUUGCUAAUGAAGGACUAAGAAUGGACACGUUUAAGGACUGGCCCCAUGAAUCAUCUGUGGCUGUUGAAGCUCUGGUCAAAGCAGGUCUUUUCUACACAGGCAAAAAGGACAUCGUCCAGUGUUUCUCCUGUGGAGGAUGCAUGGAGAAUUGGAAGGAAGGUGAUGACCCAAUAGAAGAUCACACCAAGUUUUUUCCCAACUGUGUAUUUCUUCAAACCCUGAAGUCCUCUGCAGAAGUGAUUCCAGCCCUUCAGAGCCACUGUGCAUGUCCAGAAGCCAUGGAAACCACAAGUGAAAGCAACCAUGAGGAUCCAGUAGCAGUGCAUUCUUCUGUGGCAGGCUUGGGUCAGAGUGAAGCCCAGUGGUGUCAAGAGGCCAGGAGUCUGAGUGAGCAGCUGAGAGGCACCUACACCAAAGCCAGUUUCCGCCACAUGAACCUGCCCGAGGCGUAUUCCAGCCUCGGCACUGACCACUUGCUCGGCUGCGAGGUGUUCCUCAUUUCAAAGCACGUCAGCCGGCCAGUGCAAGUGGCCCUGACAAUCCCCGAGGUCUUCGCCAAUCUUAGCUCUGUCAUGUGUGUGGAGGGGGAAGCUGGCAGUGGGAAGACCACCUUCCUGAAGAGGAUAGCUUUCCUCUGGGCAUCAGGAUGCUGUCCCCUGUUGAACAGGUUCCAGCUGGUCUUCUACCUCUCCCUUCGUUCCAUCAGAGCAGACCAGGGACUGGCCGACAUCAUCUGUGCCCAGCUCCUAGAGGCAGGAGGAUGCAUCAGUGAAGUGAGCCUGAGCAGCGGCAUCCAGCACUUACAACACCAGGUCCUGUUCCUGUUGGAUGACUACAGUGGGAUGGACUCCCUCCCCCAAGCCCUAGACACACUGAUUACCAAAAACUACUUGUCACGGACCUGCUUACUGAUGGCCGUCCAUACCAACAGGGUCAGGGACAUCCGCCCAUAUCUAGAGACAGUUCUACAGAUCAAAGAGUUUCCCUUCUAUAAUACUAUCUCUGUAUUACGUAAGUUUUUCUCCCAUAAUACAACACGUCUGUUAGAGUUUAUGGUUUAUUUUGGAAGGAAUGAGGACUUACAGGGAGUUCACAAAACCCCCCUCUUUGUGGCAGCAGUAUGCACUGACUGGUUUCAAAAUCCAUCUGACCAGCCCUUUCAGGAUGUGACCAUUUUCAAGUCCUACAUGCAAUACCUGUUCUUAAAGCACAAAGCUACAGCCGGGCCUCUCCAGGCCACCGUGUCCUCCUGUGGGCAUCUGGCCUUGACAGGGCUUUUCUCAUCGAGCUUUGAGUUCAGUAGUGAUGACCUCAUAGAGGCAGGAGUUGAUGAAGACGAAGAGCUCAGCACCUGCUUGAUGAGCAAAUUCACCGCCCAGAGGCUGAGACCAGUCUACCGGUUUUUAAGUCCUCUGUUCCAAGAGUUUCUGGCUGCCAUGAGGCUCUCAGAACUCCUGGGGUCAGAUAGUCAAGAAGACCAAGAUCUGGGACUGUAUUAUUUGAGACAAAUUAACUCACCUCUGAAGGCUAUAAACUCCUAUGGCAUAUUUUUGAAGUAUGUCUCCGACCACUGUUCCUCAAAGGCAGGGCCAAAAGUUGUAUCUCAUUUGCUUCAGUUGGUGGAUGAGAAAGAGUCCCUGGAGAACAUGUCUGAAAAUGAGGAUUACAUGAAGCUCCACCCAGAAACUUUUCUGUGGUUGCAUUUUCUUAGAGGGUUGUGGCUAAAUUCUCCUGAAUCUUUCUCUUCACUCCUUUCAGAACGUUUACUGAACAUUGCCCUAAACUUUGCUUAUCAAAGCAGCACAGUUGCUGCAUGCUCUCCAGUUAUUUUGCAGUUCCUUCGAGGGAGGACACUGGCUUUGGGAGUACUGAAUUCACAGUACUUUUGGGACCACCCAGAAAGCCUGUUACUGUUGGGGAGUUUAAAGGUUUCUAUAAAUGGAAAUGAAAUCUCAUCUCAUGUGGAUUAUUCAUUCAAGACAUAUUUUGAAAACUUACAGCCACCAGCUAUAGAUAAGGAGUACACAUCUGCCUUCGAGCACAUAAGUGAAUGGAAGAGAAAUUUUGCUGAAGAUGAGAAGAUCAUAAAGCACUAUCAAAAUAUCUGGCCCAGGGUCCUACCAGACAUCAGUGAAGGGUACUGGAAACUGUCCCCCAAGCCUUACAAGAUCCCUAGGCUGGAAGUUGGAGUGAACAACAUGGGUCCGGCAGACCAGGCUCUGCUCCAUGUCCUAAUGGAAGUCUUCUCAGCCUCACAGAGCAUUGAGUUCCAGUUAUUCAACAGCAGUGGCUUUCUUGAAAGCAUCCGCCCAGCUCUGGAGCUGAAUAAGACCUCUGUCACCAAGUGCUCCAUGUCCAGGCUGGAGCUCAGCAGAGCAGAACAGGAGCUGCUUCUCACCCUGCCUGCCCUGCAGUCUCUUGAGGUCUCAGAGACAAACCAGAUUCCAGAUCAGCUCUUCCAUAACUUGGACAAGUUCCUGGGCCUGAAAGAACUGUCUGUGAGACUAGAUGGCACACAGGACGUGCUCUCAGUCCUUCCGGGAGAGUUCCCAAACCUCCAUCACAUGGAGAAGUUAUCCAUCCACACCUUCACAGAGUCUGACCUCUCCAAACUAGUUAAAUUGAUUCAGAACUCUCCAAAUCUGCAUGAUAUCCACCUGAAAUGUGAUUUCCUUUCAAACUGUGAGUCUCUCAUGGCUGCGCUUGCUUCCUGUGAGAAACUCAGAGAGAUUGAGUUUUCUGGACGAUGCUUUGAAGCCAUGCCAUUUGUCACCUUGUUGCCAAAUUUUGUUUUUCUGAAGAUAUUGAAUCUUAAAGGCCAACAAUUCCCAGAUAAGGAAACAUCAGAAAUGUUUGCCCAGGCUCUGGGUUCUCUCAGGAAGCUGGAGGAACUGCACCUUCCCAAGGGGGACGGGAUCCACCAAGUGGCCAAACUGAUUGUCCAGCAGUGUCUGCAGCUUCCCUGUCUCCGAGUUCUCGCCUUUCACCACGUCUUGGACGAUGACAGUGUGACUGAAGUUGCCAGGGUGGCAACUAGCAGAGGUUUCCAGAAACUCGAGAACUUAGAUCUUUCAAUGAAUCACAAGAUUACUGAGGAAGGAUACAGAAAUUUCUUUCAAGCCCUGGACAACCUGCCAAACUUGCAAGAGCUGAACAUCUGCAGGCAUAUCCGAGAAUGCAUCCAAGUUCAGGCCAGCACCGUCAAGGCUCUGGGUCAGUGUGUGUCCCGACUGCCCAGCCUCACCAGGCUGAGGAUGCUCAGUUGGCUGCUGGAUGAAGAGGACAUGAAAGUGAUUAAUGACGUGAAGGAAAGACACCCUCAGUCCAAACGCCUGACUGUCUUCUGGAAAUGGAUAGUCCCGUUCUCUCCUGUUGUCCAGGAGUAAAGGAAGCUCCUGAAGGCUACCAACAGUUCCAAAUACCCGACUUCCUAAAAUACUUUACUUUAGCUUAGCAUGAUGAUACACACCUGUACUUUCAGCAUUUAAGAUACUGAAGUGGGAGAAUCACGAAGUUCUGACCAGCCUGGGUCACAUAGCAAGGUCCUGUCUCACAGAUAAAGACAUAACUAACCAUCCUGUUAAAGAAUACUUAGCAACUGUGUAGACUGGUAAAUUUCCCCUUUUAUAUGGAUAUAUGUUUCUGCCUGCAUUUAUAGCUGUGCACUACAUAGACCAUGCAUAGGUUGUAAAAGUGUGUUGAGCCAUCCUGGUCCUGGAGUUAUAGAUAGUUGAGAGUUUCCUUUCACUGCCGGGCACCACACCUUCGUCCUCAGUAAAAGCAGCAGGUGCUCUAAACCCUGCCAAUAUCCUAAGGCCAAUAAUUUUUUUUAAAAAAUCUGCAUGCUCAUCACUGAACUUAGGAGCUAUAAUGAACAGUGCCUUAUCAGUCCUUGUAUGCUUCUCCUUCAAGUUGAUACAGGGAACCUUCUUUAACCUUGGUCAACAGGAAAGGGCUGGCAGAAGGAACCCUGAUCCAUGGAAAGCCAAAGCAUGGUAGGAAUAUUGGGUGGAGGAUAUGCAUGGCCUGUUUAUAGAUGGAGUCAGUCUUACACAUGAGGAAGUGGGAGUGAACUUUAUCACAGGGUGCAGCCUACUCUCUCCAGGAGAUGCUCCUUGGUCUUCGUAGAGUUUUGCUAUUCAUUAGCCUUGGAGUGGCUGUUGACACCGUUGGUAUUGCCAACAGGAGGAAGGUAUUGGACUUAGAGAAAACUGCCUUUGAUUCCUGCUUUGUUUAUGGGACUUUUGAGAGUUUGGCAUGUGCUGUAACAGCCUUCUGAUUUUUCUUAGGAAUUCAUGGUCUUUGGUCUAUGUGGUUCUAACUCUUCACAAUUGAAUAGGAAUGGCUACCACAGUCUCAUAUGUGUGAAUGGUUGGCCAUUAGGAAGUGACAUUAUUAGGAGGUGUGGCCUUGUUGGAGUAGGUAUGACCUUGUUGGAGGUCUUGUGUCAUUGGUAGUGGCUUUGAAUUUCAAAUGCUAAGGCCAGGCCCAGGCUCUCUCUCUCUCUCUCGUUCUCUCUCUCUCUGUCUCUCUGUCUCUCUGUCUCUCUCUCUCUCUCUCUCUCUCUCUCUCUCUCUCCCCCCCCCCUCUUUCUCCCUUUCCUGCUGCCUGCCACUGUAGCAGAUGUAAAACUCUCAGCCUCAUGCCCAGCACCAUGUUUACCUGCAUUCAGCCAUGUUCUCCACUGUAAGAAAAUGUAAAACUCAAAAAGCUCCUAACCCAAACAUUCAGGAAAUCCAGGACCCAAUGAGAAGAUCAAACUUAAGGAUAAUAGGUAUAGAAGAGAGCAAAGACUCCCAUCUUAAAGGGCCAGUAAAUAUCUUCAAUAAAAUUAUAGAUGAAAACUUCCCUAACCUAAAAAAAGAGAUGCCCAUAAACAUACAAGAUGCCUACAGAACUCCAAAUAGAUUGAACCAGAAAAGAAACUCCUCCAUUCACAUACUAGUCAAAACACCAAAUACACAAAACAAAGAAAGAAUAUUAAAAGCAGUAAGGGAAAAAAUGUCAAGUAACAUAUAAAGGCAGACCUAUCAGAAUCACACCAGACUUCUCACCAGAGACUAUGAAAGCCAGAAGAUCCUGGGCAGACGUCAUGCAGGUUCUUCCUUCCUGCACCAGCCUAUGGCCCACUCAGUAAAAUGUCUCAUAGGAACUGUCCAAAAUGGCACCUUUUGUCAAAAUGGUGGCAAUAUAAGAUCUCAACCUGUACCACAUCUCAAGAGUACAACUGUCCCAGGAGCUGUCCAUGGUGGCAGAUCUCUUUUGCCUACUCUGCUGGAGCUACCCCUCAGGAGCUGUCCACAGUAGCGACACCUCUUUUCCUGCCUCAGCCUACAGCCUUGGUGAAACAUUACUGCAAGAGCUGGCCACAGUGACAGCCUCCUCUCCAGGCUUCUCAGAAACCCUAUAUAAGCACUGCCCCUUCAUCCAUUUCCUGACUGUUCACUCCCAGGAGCAUAGGACAGCCUUCCCUGGAUUUGUCCCUCAUCCUCCUGGACUCCUACCUUCAAUAAAUCUCUUUCAUAAGAUGUACUGCCUGGAGCAACUCUCUGGUUGGAAGAUGCUGAGAAGAAAACACACAAAGAAGGAGCAGAGCUGAGGCUCCUGAGCUCCUCAGCAAAUCUGGUGAUCCCUCCCCCCGGGAGCUCCAAGACCUCCGCCGGGGAGGCUUCCUCAGAGCUGUGAUUCCAGGCUUCUAAAUCCAAGAUAACCUUCAUCAGAGCAGAAACACCUACAGCCUGCAUGAUUGGUAUUCUCAAUAUUAAAAUUCUAGCUAGUGGUGUAGCUCCAAGACAAUGUGCCUGCUGAGUAUUUACAAGGCCCUGAGCACCAUCUCUUGCACUGAAAAGAAAGUUUAACACUGAGGCAUUAACUUGAGCUGUCUCCAUUGAGAAAGAUUGAUUUUCUUUUUGUUGAUCUGAUAUGUUAAUACUUUUCAAAGCCCAUUGAAAAGUCGGAAACUGCGAGUAUAUUUACCACAGGGAAGUUUGGGGCAAGUGUAAUGCAGCCAUUAGCUCUAACAGAGGAAUUUGCCAGCCUGGGCAAUCAGGAUAUCUUCCUAUAGUAUGCGCUCCCAUCUCAGAGCUUUGUGGUUCCUGGGUUCCCAAGUCCAAGAUUACCCUUCCAUCAGAUACCCUUCCCAAGUUCAAGGCCAGCCUGGGCGAUCUGAAGAGACUGACUCAAUAUAAAAUUGUGGAAGGGUUGGAGAGGCUGCUUUGUGGUCUAGUGGGAGGAAGGUCCUGUGUUUGGUCCUUCUGACCCAGAAUGUCUGACAGACUUUUCUGUGCAGCUGGAAUUAUGAAGGACUUGCCUGCCUUGUCCUUGCAAAACUCAGCAGCCAUCUUCUCGGCUCAUUGCUGGCCUCUUGGACGCACCUGCUCCUAGGGUAUCACUCACUCCUGCUUUCCUCAGAGAGCUCCAGCUCAGCUCUCUGCUAUUUCUCCUCUCUAAAUCCUGGGGAGAUCUGACUUCUCCUGGCUUUGUCUGUGUGUAAGCACCCUUCACAGACCCUCUCAUCCAGAUGAAUGGCUUUAAAUUCUCAUUCUCUACCUCACCAUUUCCAACUCUAACCAAGACAUAGGCCCUGAACUACUCCAUUUAAAUGGAAAUUUCCAUUUUCAAAUCUCCAAAGUCUUGAUUGCUACUGUCUUCUCCACAAAAGUAUUUUUGUGCUGAAGAUGUUGGUCAGUGGUUAUGGUGCUUUGAAUAACAAUGUUUCCCCUAAGUCAUGUAUUUAAUUAUUUGGUCUCCAGUUGGUCGUGUUCCUUGUGGAAGCUUAGGAGGUGUGAUCUAGAAAGAGCUUUGAGAACUUAAGGUCUAUCCCUAUUCCCAAUUUGCUCUCCCUGUUUGAACUUUGUGGUUCAGGAUGUGUACCUUCAACUUCUUCCUUCUGCCACGCCUUGCUGCUUGUUGCCUAUCUCCCCACCACGAUGGACUGUUGUUGUAAAAUGUAAAAAAUAAAAAAAAAAGUAGGGUUGUCUUUUA